UCUCCGUCUGAAUCACGUGAUCGUGGAGUCAGCUGACCUGGGGAGAGCGGAAGCAGACGGUCCGGUAUUCUGUCUUUUGGAACGAUGAGGUUCCGGUUCUGUGGUGAUCUGGACUGUCCUGACUGGGUCCUGGCAGAGAUCAGCACACUGGCCAAGAUUUCUUCUGUGAAGCUGCGGCUGCUGUGUAGCCAGGUGCUAAAGGAGCUUCUGGGACAGGGAAUUGAUUACGAGAAGAUUCUGAAGCUCACUGCUGAUGCCAAGUUUGAGUCUGGAGAUGUGAAGGCCACGGUUGCAGUGCUGAGUUUUAUCCUCUCCAGUGCAGCAAAGCAUAGCGUGGAUGGCGAGUCCUUGUCCAGUGAGCUGCAGCAGCUGGGGCUUCCCAGAGAGCACGCCACCAGCCUGUGCCGUUGUUAUGAGGAGAAGCAAAGCCCCCUACAGGAGCACCUGCGGGUCUGCAGCCUUCGUGUGAACAGGCUGGCCAGUGUGGGCUGGAGGGUGGACUACACCCUGAGCUCCAGCCUGCUGCACUCCGUGGAGGAGCCCAUGGUGCAUCUGCGGCUGGAGGUGGUACCUGCCCAGGGUGCCCUGGCCCAGCCAGUCUCCAUGUCCCUCUCAGCAGAGAAGUUCCAGGUCCUCCUGGCAGAACUGAAGCAGGCCCAGACCCUGAUGAGCUCCUUGGGCUGAGGAUAGAGGUUUUGCUGCCUCCGUGGAGCUGCCCUGCCUGCACCAAGUCAUAGCCAUCCAUACUUCUCUUGGUGGGUAGACUGGGCUGCCUGGCUUCUACUUGAGACUUCGGUCAAGGGCUCCUAGGGAUCUUUCCCAGAAUGCUUUCUUUCCCCCGAAAGAAGGCACUUGUCAAUCAUUUUUACAGGCAAGAAUAAACAAAUGUUUGGUGUGUGGG